AUGCAUCCGAAUGGUUAUCAUUUCUCUUCUUAUGCAUCUGGAUAUCAAAUGAUUCAACAGGCAACCUUUCAGUGGACUUCUGCUUUAUCUCGAUUUGCAAAACAACAACUCCAAACGAAUUCAUCAACAUCAUUUGAACGACUGCGAUUGCUGGGUCAGCAACAUCUUUUUUUCUCAGGUAGCCGAGAUCAACGCUUAAGAGCUGAUCCAAAUGUACGCCAAAGCGCUAAAAAAUAUCGUUGCGAUAUAUGUGAAAAAGCUUUUAGUAGAAGUAACACUCUCGUUACCCAUAAGAGAAUCCAUACUGGAGAAAAACCAUUCCAAUGUGAUCAUUGUGGUCGAGCAUUUAGGCAACCAGGAAACCUGACUCGACAUCGGCUUACUCACACCACAGUGAAGCCAUAUGUUUGCACCUUUUGCGAAAAAGCAUUCAACCGAGCAUCAAAUCUUCAUACGCAUAUGCGAACCCAUUCACAAAUGACAACAAUAUGCUCAUCACCGAAUUAUUUCAAUACGACUCUUAACCAACAGAAUAAUAAAUUUCUUUUGAUUGGUUCUCAAACUAUGAAUUAA